AUGGAUUUACAGAGAAUGAAUGAAACUCAGAACCCAUUUUGGGAAUGCUCAAGAACUCCUGGCAAUUCCAGCGUGGACAGCUCUGCGUUAAGCGUGGAAGUUAACGCCACCUGUAGCAAUGCGUCAAUAAUCCAGAAAUUCAAACCCACACGGCCAAAAGAAAUGGACUCGGUGAGGAUUAUCCUUUACUCACUUGUCUUUCUCCUGAGUGUUUUUGGGAACUUGCUGAUCAUUGUGGUCCUGAUAGUAAACAAGAGAAUGCGGACUGUCACCAACUCCUUCCUGCUCUCGCUCGCCAUAAGUGAUCUCAUGAUGGCCAUCUUCUGCAUGCCCUUUAAUCUCAUCCCCAGCCUGCUGGAGGACUUCAUUUUUGGAGCCGCGAUGUGCAAGACAGUCGCCUAUUUCAUGGGAAUGUCCGUCAGCAUCUCCACCUUCAGUCUAGUGGCCAUUGCUACUGAAAGAUACAGUGCCAUUUGCAACCCGCUGAAGUCAAGGGCAUGGCAGACCCGUUCUCAUGCCUACAAGGUCAUCGCUGCCACAUGGGUACUAUCUGUGGGUAUUAUGGUGCCCUAUCCUGUGUUCAGUAGACUGAUGACAAUCAACAAGCCGAACAACAUCACGGCUCACAUGUGCAGGCUUGACUGGCCCAACAGUCAAGUGGAACAGACUUGGUACGUCUUGUUGCUCUUCAUUCUAUUCUUCAUCCCAGGUGUGGUGAUGAUAAUUUCCUACGGUCUCAUAUCCAGAGAACUUUACAGAGGGAUUCAGUUUGAACUGGAGCAGAAGAAAGACUCUAGUGGCAUAAAGAAUGGGUUGAAUGGUGUAAUGUCUCCUGGCCAUGAUGAGAGCGAUGGAUGUUACAUCCAGGUCCCAAAGAAGCCCUCUGCUAUAGAACUUUCUGCUCUGACCACCUCAGCAACCAUCAAGACAGACCGUCCACGGAGCAACACCUCAGAGGCUAAGCUCAUUGCUAAGAAACGAGUGAUACGAAUGCUGAUCAUUAUAGUUGCCAUGUUCUUCGUAUGCUGGAUGCCUCUGUACUCAGCCAACACCUGGAAGGCUUUUGACCAAAAGUCAGCCCAGCGCACUCUUUCCGGAGCUCCUAUCUCCUUCAUUCAGCUGCUGUCCUAUACCUCAGCCUGCGUCAACCCUAUUAUCUACUGCUUCAUGAACACCCGCUUCCGCAAGGCUCUCAUUGCCACCUUUGGGUGUUGCUGGCGGUCGUGCCACAACCGGAGGAAGAGGAGGGAAGGUGAUGAUGAGAUCACUGGGGUCACAGGGGCAUCCAUAACAAAGUUCAGUUAUACCACUGUUAGCACGGUAGGACAGUGUUAGCAUUAGCAUUGCAAGUGUCUCCAGUUUGAUCCAUGAGCAUGUGUGCUUGUGACAUUUACUGCUUGUUUAGGAGUUUAGAUCACCAGAUGUGUUCUUCUUUUUCAUGGUGUCAACAUGCUUUGUUCAGUGUGUCAGUGUUAAUUUUUAUUUGGAAAAAAUACCUAAUUUGUCUGUUCUUUCUGGCCAAAGUCGGUGUGUCUUUCUAUGGUUGUGUCUUCAACUUUUAGCAUUGUGAUACAAUCAAAAGGUGCGAUACAUGGGAUGUGCAAUGAUGUAGCUUUAUUUUUAUUGUGUAAAAUCUUAUCAUGCAUGGGAUUUGUUAGUAGGGAAAUACCAUAGAAAUAUUCUUGUAUCUUUGAUGUUAUGGAACCAAAUACUGCAUGUAGCAUGAUCAAACAAUAGAGUACUGGUAGAUAGCUGCU